AUGCUCGACCAAACUGCUGCCAACUUUGCAAGCUUCACCACAACCGCCAUCACAGCUACACUCCAUGCCAUGCCUUCCACUAUACCUGCCAUCAUACCUGCCACCAUACCUGUCCCAAUACCCGUGUCCACAAGCACAAGCACAAAUGUGCACAUGGACACAGAUUUUCUCCUGGAGGAGAGGAAUCGAAAGAAUCGCGCUGCCGUUGCCAAAACACGGGCAAAACAGAAAGCUUUGGCCCGCUCCUUGGAGGAAAAGCUUGUGGGGCGAAAGAAGGAGAACGAGGAGCUCCGAAGGACCCUUGUGGGGUUAAAGCAAGAGGCGGAGGAGCUGGAGGGGCUCCUUCGCCUCUCAGAAAUAUUACAUCUUUGCGAGCAGUCGGGAUCAUUUUCUCCACUGCUCGAAUUUGAUUUCGAGAAUAAAUCAAUUUGA